GCUUCCGGAAGUUAAGUCUGAGAGAACGAAGGCAAGGAGAAGCCAUGGAAAGGACGGAAAGAGCACGGAAAGAGAAGUCGGAAACACGGAACACCUAAAAAAAUCGGAAAGGCCCUCCGUCGACUUCGACCGUGAACAGCUGUAAAGCAAGCGCUCACACAUGGAACGAAGCAGCUGAUGCGAAGCCAUGAAUGAGAGGCGCACCAUCGCAACGACUGAGACAACUCCCUGAAGGGUGUCAUGCCUCACGUAUGUCCGGAGACACUCAUCGAGCAAUCAAGGCCCGAGGGCAGCUCAGCUCUCCAGGGAGACACUAACAGGAGCGCUUUCACGCCUUAUAAGUCAUCAACUGUCCUGACCAAUCUUCAACGUGGAAAUGUGCCUACCCAGACACAAGUUGUUCCCCUCAGGCGUUGCAUUCAUCAGCUGUCGGCGCAGGGAGAGAUCUCACCAGAUCAGAUAACAUCUGAGCGGCUGGACCUGCGCGAUGAGGCAGGCCUGACGCCACUUUUGUGGGCCAGCGCACAUGGCCAGCUGUCAACAGUGCGUCACCUGCUUGCCAAGGGCGCACAGGUUGGCGCACAGGGCCUCAGGGGUGAGACUGCUCUGCUGCUCGCUGCUGCUCAGGGGCACUCGCACGUUGUGCGCUAUCUGCUGCAACACGGUGCCAGCCCAAACCAGGCAGACCAGGAAGGGAACACUGCCCUAAUGUAUGCUGCCCUUGGAAACCAUGCUGCCACAGCUCAAGAAUUACUGUCAAGUGGCGCUGACAUGUGUGCUCAGAAUAAUGUCUUUGACACUGCUUAUGACCUUUCAGUGACAAUGAGUGCACGACAAGUGCAGCAAGUCUUGGACAAUUUCAUUUUGAAGCUGCUUCAGUGAGAUGUGGUUCAGUAUCGCUAUUGUGACAGAAGCCAUUUUGAGCAUUUGGACUUCUACAGUGCUGCAUUGUGUGGAUGCUUUUGAGCUGCACACUGGACACUUGCAAUGUGAUCUGCCCAUUUUAUUCACGCAAUCCUUCUGCAGAUAACGUUUUCGGUUAACUGCACGAGGUGUGAACUUUUGACACCGGUGCUGCCUAAUGGACAGCAGUUGUAAUAGUAGUAUGCUGCAUCAGAUGGCAUGAUUAGCGAAGCGUCGAUGUAGGUACUGAAAUUUCUGCAAUGGUCGUCAUUGUACCAAAAUGGCAAGUUGGGCAAGUUGGUGCAUAAUUAUUUCUAGAAGAAAACAGUGCACAGAAAACAAGGAGAAAAGAGUCUUGUCUGUAACUGCAGAGCUCUUUGCAAUGCCAGGCGGCCUUUAUGAUGGACGUUGACAACAAGCAUCGAGUGUGCAUCAAAGGUUGUGCUAAUUGUAGUGAAGACACCAUGACCGUUUGAUACCAUACUAUGGUA